CCUUAAUUGGAAAAAAGAAAGGACAUGUUUGUCGUGUUUGCAGCGUCAUCCAAUCACGCCGCAGCAGCAGGAAUAAGCAAGACAACCCAGAAUCAAACAAACAAAACCCCUCAAUGUGACAACUGAAGCCCUGAUAGAGACAUUGAAGACAUAGAAACUUCAGAUCUAACAUACCCCACGGCGCAAGGAUGGAUCAACCCAUGACCGACAUCCCACCCGAGUCCCCCAUCCCACCCCCGAAUACCAAAGACACCCCCUCGACAAUCGAAAAACCAACCAUCAUGGCCAACGACUCCACCCCCAACACCGCAGCGGCCAAUACCCCGACCGGCGAACCCGCCCCAACCACCCAGGUGCGGCCCGGCGGUGCCCCGGCCCGAGUCUACAUGAACGAGAAGAUCGUCCCGUAUCUCCUGGAGGGAAUGAAGCAUGUUACGAAGGAGCAACCACAAAACCCGCUCCGCGUACUCGGCGAAUUCCUGAUCCAGAAGAGUAAUGAGGUGGAGGGGGCGAAGUCGCCUGAAUAGAUCUUUCAUAUCAUAAGGAUUGGAGAUUGGGUGUGGAUUGGGAUAUUGGGAUCGAGUGUACUUCGUCUGAGUAGAGGAUAUUACUCGAUGAUCGGCUUAUUCUACCUCAUCUCACCCCCGAAAGGAGCGGAUAUUACAUUUCUACCGGGGAUGGCCAGUCAUGCGCUCUAGAGAUGGACUGGGAUGGAGCAAGGGAUACUCGAAAGGCCUUUGGUUAUGUCUUUUGCUGCGCAUGUUGGGAACUGGACUUUGAGGAUGGUUCGUCUGUGGUGUUUAAGGUGGUUUGUGGUGUUUUUUUCUUUGGGUUAGGGAUUUUAUGAUACCAUUCAUUUUUUUUUGUACGUUAUUGGGGUGAGAGAAUCGAGUUUGUUUGUAUUAGCCUUGUUAUUUAUUUUGGUUGUCGGGUGUGUUCAUGUCAAUGAUUGAUAUGAGCAUAAUUAUACAUAGAUGUUGAGAAUCUAUGCAGUACACUGUAUUCAAGUUACUCAAUUUGGUUGAGUUGGGAAAUACAUUGAUAGAAUUUUAUCAGGAUGGUAUGGGGAACGGAUCGCGGAGAUAUAUCUUAUGCACUCGAAAAACCACUUGCACUGUGAAUCAUAGACCC